GGGAAAGAUAAUUUCUGAGUUUUACUACCCAUGCCCCCAGACAUGUAUUCAAAAGUCAGAGCAAUCUUUAUUUUGCCAACAGUUUGCAGGUAUGCAGAAGGGAUCUAAAGAAGAUUUUUUUAUUAGACACUAAAACAGGUUGUGCAGAGAAGUUGUGGGUGCCCCAGCACUGGGAAUGUUCAAAGUAAGGUUAGAUGGAUUAUGAAAAACCAGAUCUGCUGCCAUAUGUCCCAGCUCAUGGCAGGGGGUUGGACUAGAUGAUCUUUAAAGGUGCCUGCCAAAAUAAGUCCUUCUAUAAUCUAAGAUUUUAUUAUAGCAUUAGAGAGAAUGAUUGAUGAUACCGUCCCUCCCACGUGGAAAUACAGGUGAAGCUUCAGGGUUAGGAGGAGACCUGUCCCAACCAUAAGGACAAGUGUUGAAGCAAGGCCCCGGAGGGUAGGAGGCUGCUGUUCCCUCUUGAGGUUACACAGUGCUCAUCACUGGCUGCAUCAUCUACUUGUGCUGACGUGUCAUGUCUCCAGGAAAUGUUUUGGCCUCUAAUCCUGUCACUUGAAAGGAGACUUAGUGGUAGACUGGGCAUGUCCUAAACACAGAAAUGAAAAGGGAGUAUUGCAGGGAACAGAAAAAAAGACACAAAUUUCUUUAAUUGUGGUGUUUUGCAUGCAAGAUGAGCUUGUUGUUACACAUAAUGUAUGUGCAAAGGGUGCCUCUGGACCUAUGGGCAGUUCUGACCAGUAUAAAAGCCCGUCCAACACCACGCUCCCUCAUUCACUUCUCUUGCCUUCUCCUCCUCGGUGAACAAGGUGAGCUGCAGUGGUCUUCUCCUCACUGUCCUCUUUCUCUGCUUCUCCUCCUUCUCUUCUGGCCUCCAGCGAGUCUUUGCCUUCUGUUCUGGCCUUGGUGUGAGUCUUACUCCUUGGUGGUGCUUCUACCAGCUCUGUUCUGCUUGCCAGUGUCGGGGGAUGAGGGAGAAGGCCUUGGGCUGUCACUGCAGGGGCCCUUGGGACCUGGACUCCCAAGCGUCUCUCAGUCCCCAUGCAGCCUCUCCCUUCUCCCCAGCCUGUAGCUCCUCUCUUGGUGAGCAGGCCACCAGGCUGCUUCUCAUGCUGCCUGUGCUUUGCCUGCCCUUUCUCCUAGGUACACCUCCAUCCCACAGCCAUGUCCUGCUUCGAUCUGUGCCGUCCCUGUGGCCCGACCCCGCUGGCCAACAGCUGCAACGAGCCCUGUGUGCGGCAGUGCCAGGACUCCCGUGUGGUGAUCCAGCCCUCUCCUGUGGUGGUGACUCUGCCCGGUCCCAUCCUCAGCUCCUUCCCCCAGAACACUGCUGUGGGAUCCAGCACCUCUGCUGCUGUUGGCAGCAUCCUGAGCCAGGAGGGAGUGCCCAUCUCUUCUGGGGGCUUCGGCAUCUCUGGCCUGGGUGGCCGGUUCUCUGGCAGGAGGUGCCUGCCCUGCUAAAGCUGAGGUGGACGUCCCCUGAGCGCAUCCCGACGACGCUGGAAGCCAGGCGCCGGACUGAGGAUGGAGCUGCUGGCCAGGGUUUCCAGAUGGGCUGAGCACCCUUCUGCCUUCCUGCAAAGCAGAGAGGGAAGCCAGGGUGCCAGCCUGUGCUGUCUGGAAACAUGGCCAGCAGAUGUCUUCUUCUUCUCCUGCCUUCUUCUCAUCAUCACAAGUCCUUGCUGUCUCAUGCUGUCCUGUGCCAUAGGUUCAUCCUGAAGCAAGCUGAGAGGGCUCUGCUUCUUCUUCCUCUUGCCACGUGAAGGAGGAAGACGUGCACCCUAUUGUGGCGAAGUUUGCCAGCCGAUUGCCAAUCUGUUUACCAGCUGCCUUUGUAGCAGCUUUAAACUAUGCACUGCUUUGAUUCCUUCUUUAGAUUCAAUAAAAUUUAUGCUGCACUGUAAUCUCAGUAUCGUCCUGUUCCUUUCCUGUUGAGAUUCACAGCAAAGUCAUUCAAAGAAAAAUAUUUUGACUCAGUCUAA